UCUGUUGUGCGGUGCACAAAAAGUAAAUAUUUGAAAACAACCCGAAUAUUAAUCACCGGUUGUAGUGCAAAAGUGCCACAAACUUCCCAAGUUAUGAGGUGUAAUAAAUGUUGCUAAAACUAGUAAUUGUGCGAACUUUUACCGUGGUACAAUGGCAGCACAACAAGAUAGAAAAAUUGUCAAAGUCGUAGUUUUGGGCGAUAUCGGCAGAAGUCCACGUAUGCAAUAUCAUGCGUUAUCUCUUGCAAAUAAUGGAUUGGAUGUGAAUAUAAUUGGGUACUUAGAUUCGCAACCUCUCACAGAAAUCCUGGAGCACCCUCACAUUACUAUCACGAAACUACGCUCAAUAAAUCUUAGUGGUCCUGCGAUAGUGAGAUAUGUGGCCAAAGCGAUAUGGCAGACGAUAAGCUUACUUUUAACAUUGGUCAUCACGGGCAAAUGCCACUUCGUGCUGUGUCAGAACCCUCCAGCUAUCCCCACACUGCCUGUAUGUCGGAUAUACUGCUUAUUCACGAAAGCAAAGUACAUAAUAGACUGGCACAACUAUGCGUAUUCUAUAAUGGCGAUGUCUCUAACGCCUGAUCACUACAUAGUAAGAUUUGCAAGAUUCAUAGAGAAGUUCUUUGGUCAGUCAGCAGAUAACAGUAUAUGUGUAACUUAUUCUAUGAAGGAAGAUUUGUUAAUGAAUUGGAAUGUUCACAAUGCAAUAGUGCUUUAUGAUAGACCACCAAAAAUAUUCAAGCCACUCUCACUACAAGAGAAACAUGAUUGGUUCCUGCAGCUAAGCAAGACAUUCCCUGAAUUUGGAGGCCAGGGUCGGGAGCAGCUCAAUGAUCCCCAUCAACAGGACAUUGUGAAGACACUGUUCACUUGUUCGUCUGAUGGGCAAGUGCAACCGCUGCCUGAUAGACCAGGCCUACUGUUCAGCAGUACUAGCUGGACACCAGAUGAAGACUUCGGGUUACUAAUGGAGGCUUUACAGAUGUAUGAAUCAGCUUGUGAAAUAGCAGAAAAUCUGCCCAAGCUGAUCUGUGUAAUCACUGGCAAGGGUCCAGAGAAGGAGAAAUAUUUAAAGGAGAUAGCAAGAAGGAAAUGGCAGAACAUCCAGGUGUUCACACCAUGGCUUGAUGCUGCAGACUACCCCAAAAUGGUGGGCAGUGCAGACCUUGGCGUGUGUCUCCAUACAAGUUCCUCAGGCUUAGACCUGCCUAUGAAGAUAGUUGAUAUGUAUGGAGCUGGACUCCCUGUAUGUGCUUUUGAUUUUCUUUGCCUCGAUGAGCUUGUUGAAAAUGGAGUUAAUGGGUACACAUUUAGAUCAAGCAAUGAACUGUUCAAAGAUUUAGUUCGUUGGUUUGAAGGGUUCCCCAACAACACCGAACAGAACAAGAUAGCAGAGAGAAUGCGCAAAGAGAUAGCUGUGUUCAGACAGACUAGAUGGGAAGAUAACUGGAACCUCAGGAUCAAGAAGUUAUUUGUAUGAUUGAAGUUGUUGUUCUAGCUUUAGGUCCAAAUUAAUGUAUAUGAUGCUUUAUUUUAAUACAAUGAUUAUUAUACAUACAUACAUAUAGUGA